UUGUCAAUUGAAUGUUGUCACCCAUGGUCGUGUAGUGUUGAUUCGAAACAGACGAUAAUAAGUCAAGAAAAGGUGUUUUAAAAAUACUUUCUGUCUGUCGUAGUGUAACCAACGUGGAUAAAUCAGCUGCCUAUUUUUAAAUACACGAAUGUCAUUUGUAUUUGUAGAUGGAUACAGGAUAGUCAUGGAAUUAUCACAAUAAUAACCACUGUGACUGUUCCAAUUCUAGGUUCCAUCAGGACGUGAUCAAGAUUAAAAUAAAGUUAUACCAGGGCUGAUUUUAGAUUCGAAUUAAGAGCUAAAAAUACAGUGUUGUUAUAUUUUUGUAAUACAGUGUCACUGUAAAAUGGCAAUAUGGGUUUGGUAAAUUAUAUGAGUGUGAAUGUGAAUAAGAACAUAUUUCCACUCCACAUGAAAAAAAAUAAUACAGUAUUAAUUCAUCAAAUUCGAUCUAGCAAAAUGAAUAAUUCCACAUCAGGUUUGCAACAUGUGUCUCACAACAGCAUCAGUGGAGACAGUGAAUUACAUUGUGGAAGUGGUAGUUUACUUGGACCAUUAUCUUUGUUUGUACAAGGUCUUCUUGCCUUUGUGGCAUUUACAUCCCUAAUAGUUAAAAGAUAUUGUGAACCUAAACACUCAAGACGCCCAUGGAAAAUAUGGUUUUUUGAUACAUCGAAACAAGCUCUUGGUGCUGCUGUUAUACAUUUUGCCAAUGUUUUUUUAGCUGAUAAAUUUCAGGGUGAUCAUAAUGAUCCUUGUACAUGGUAUUUUAUUAGUUUUCUGUUAGAUUCUACCAUUGGUUUAGUAGUUAUUUAUAUAGGUUUAAAAGUUACACAGAUAAUAGCCAGAAGAAAACAAUGGAAAUCUUUAUAUUUUGGUGUUUAUGGUGACCCUCCAAAUUGUACAUCAUGGAUAGGACAAUGCCUAUUAUAUAUUCUGGUUGUGUUGGUAGAAAAAUUUCUCAUGACUUUGUUAGUGCAGUUCCGCUUCUGGACAGAUGUGCGCAAGUUCAUUAUGACUCCAAUAACGGAACCACAAUUUGAAUUAGUGAUAGUUAUGUUUCUUGUGCCCUUAGUUGUAAAUGCUUUUAUAUUUUGGGUGGUAGAUAACUUCCUCAAACGAAGUAUACAAAGUGCAAAAACAAUUUAUGUGAAUUCUGACGAAACAUCUGUUAAAUUUUACAAAUCUUCAGAGAGACUCAAGUGUUAUAACAGAAUAGAAAAAGCAGAGGAAUCAGAUGUCUUUCUCUCAGCAGAUGAAGAUGCUGAUGGCAGACAAAAAAAUAAUGAUGCAUCAGAACGACUUCUGCACCCAUAGAUCUAAAACAUUUGUAUGAAUAGGAAUAAAAACAUAUUUUUUUAUAAAUCCAAUUUAACUAUAAUGUGUAAAUAGGUUUUUAAAACAUAAAAGAUGUGAAAAAUUUAAACUUUACUGUGCAUUAUGACAGAUAUAUCAUGAAUGAUAUACAUUUAUUAAAGUCUUACACGAAUAGUACUAUGUGUGUGUAAUCGGGUUACACCCUAAUUAGUCAGAUGAGAAUGUUUGUGAUAGUUCAUUUGGUGUGGCUCAUACAAUAAAUAGUUGCUAGUUCAUCGGAUGAGAUCAUUCAUGUAAUUUUUGAUAGUUUGUCCGAUGAGGUCAACUGAAGAGAUCAUACAUUGAAUUUUUUUUUAUAGCUGAUCUUGUGAGGUCAUACACUAAACCUUUGGGAGUAAAGGUCAUACACUAAACACUUGAGAGUAGAGAUCAUACAUAAAUUUGUAAUAGUUCAUCUGGUGAGGUCAUACACUAUACACUUGAGAGAAGAGAUCAUACACACAUUUGUGUUAGUUCAUCUGGUGAGAUAGUGCACAAUAUAGUUUAAAACAUUAUACACAAAAUAGUUGAUAGCCCAUCUGGUGAAAUAAAACCUACACAUUAAUUAGGUCAUCUAAUUCAGCCACGCAGUCUUGUUAUAUAGAUAUCAUGAUUAAUAAUUCUGUUUUUUAAAUCCACUAUGUUAGAUAGAUUAAGAAGCUACCGUCAUAUAUAACUAUAACUUGGAUUGGAGGAGGCAGUGUAUUUCAUUUUCUGCUAAUAGUUUGUCUCCCUUACAACAUAUAUUACAGUUACCUUCAUCAUGAAUAAAAUAAACUAUUACUUUUAGUAUGGUAGACAUACUUUCAUUUAUUUGAUGUAACUUGACAGAAAAAUUGCUGUAACUCUGACAAAGCAAUAUUCACUGUGUAUGAAAUUUUAAGUACAGUAAUGGUAUUUGACUUCCAUAUUACAUAGUCUUCACAAGCCUUAGAGCAAAUCAGAUAAAAUGUCACAGAAUUCCUAUAAAAUUUUAUGAUCUUGAAGAUAAAACAGUAUUUAGAUUUACUGUGAUAUUCAGUUGCUCUGUUCAGUGAAAUAUUUAGUUAAAUACAUCCAAUAUUAGGGUGACCCACCAUAAAUAAAUAUCUCCAAAUAUCUUGACAUUUAAACCACAAUAUUUAUAUAUAUACCAAGCCUUAAAUCAGUUUCGCACAUUUAUAGUCACUAAAUAAACGGUCAUGUUAUACUUAAUAAGCUAUGACCAUUUAACCAUCUAUAAAUAAUACACUUAAAGAUAAUAUCCUUAAAUGACAU